UCCAGUAGAAGGUAACAGUCACACUCACCAAACCUCUCUGCAACUCAGCUGAACUCAGAACCCCCAACAUGCACUACAACCGCAGUUCUGGAAGCUUCUCCUCCAGCUCUCUUGGAGGUUACCUGGGGCACCCCGUUUCCACCUAUGACUCUUUCUACCCCAGCAAUGCAGUCUACUCUCCCAGCACCUGCCAGCUGGGCUCCUCUCUCUUUGGUGGCUGCCAGGAGACCUACUGUGAGCCCACCAGCUGCUGGACAUCCUGUACUGGGGCCAGAUCCUACCAGACAUCUUGCUUCCGUCCAAAGAAUUCCAUCUUCUUUGGACCCUGCCAAACAAAUUACACUGGAUCUCUGGGAUGUGGAAACAUUGGCCUUGGGUCUUUUGGUUAUGGGAGCACUGGUUUCCAAUCUCUGGGCUGUGGGUUCAGCUUCUGUUGUCCAACUUAUUUUUCUUCCAGGAGUUGCCAGUCAACUUGUAACCAACCAGCUUUUAGCUCUCGCUUUUUUAGGUCAGCUUACUGAAUAUCCCCCAUUAUCUCACGGUUAUGUUUGUACCUUAUGAAAUGUUAACAUGCAGCUUGUCCAAUAUCUGCAAUCACUGACCAUCUCCUUCAGCAGGACUUGCCGUCACAGUCCUCCCAGAAGUAUGUGAUUCACUGUGGACAAAGUGACCUUUUUUUCUAAAUCAGACAUAUGAGAUAUAUGUUGAAAUUUCAUUCUUAUGUCAAUGCCCAGAAUCCCUUCUGUUACUUUCUUUCUAAGAUUUUUCUCUUAUUGUUAUCUUAGAAUUCUUUCACUUAAAUUUCAAAUAGAAUUGGCAUUUAAACAA